GCGAAGAAGAGCGAAGCGCCCAUAUACUGUUCGUCCGGUACCACGAUCAUGGCUAUAUGUCAGUUCUUUCUUCGUGGACAGUGCAGGUUUGGCUCAUCGUGUCGAAACGAACACCCAGCGGAUGGAAAAGUAGGCGGAGGCUUUGGCAAUCAGUCUUGGACCGCUAGCUCAGGUUCAAGGCACAAAGCUGACUGUUCUACCAUGAUGCGCCAUGACGGUCUUUUCAGCCAAGAACUCAUCACAAGGGAUCUUAAUCCGAGGAGUGACAAGCCUUUAUGGCCAUUAUCAUCCUAUGGUCCUGCCAAAUACCAGCCGACUCUCGUGCCGGGGCUGGACGAAAGCCCUGAGGAGAUGCGUGUGAAGGCUGAAUCUGCGUUGAAGGCAGGGAACAUACAGGAAUACGUUACUUUCGAAGCCAAUCACAUUGCAGCUGCAGACCAGACAUUCAACAAUGCUCGCUCAAACAUCAGCGAACUGUAUCAACAAGCAAUUCGCAACUUUCACAGUUCGCCACCCACUUCGUCUGGGUUUCGGCCAUCGGGAGGCAGUCCAUUAGCGUCGUCAUCAACGUCUGCGUUUGGUGCCCCUGCAAGCACAUCGGUAUUCGGAAAACCAUCUGGAUUUGGAGCGUUUGCAAGCUCGGGUCCAUCUGCGUUUGGCGGCGCCGCCACCACUUCAGCGUUUGGAAAGUCGUCUCUUGGCCAACCAUCACAACCAACUUCAGCAUUUGGUACUCCUGCGCAAAGUACGUCGGCGUUCGGCCAGACAUCUGCGUUUGGACAGCCGAGUUCUACGGGUACUUCGGCUUUCGGGCAGCCUGCUCAAGGGACUUCAGUUUUCGGGCAACCUGCUCAAGGACAAGGAACGUCUGUAUUUGGACAACCAAAACAGCCUACUUCAGCCUUCGGCACCCCUGCUCAGUCCCAGCCGUUAGCCUUCGGUCAGGUUUCACAGCCAACUUCAGCGUUUGGCCAAUCAGCAUUUGGCCAAACCUCACAACCACAAUCUUCUCUGAUCAAACCCGCCACAGGCGCGUUCGGUUCAGCAGCCGCCACAGGAGGCGCGUUCUCCAGCUUAACCACGACACCUGUCCCGCCUGCAAGUGGAGGAGGAUUCUCAGCGUUUUCCGGACAACCAAGUGCGUUCGGUCUUGGCGCCGCUGCAAAUGUUCCGAGUACUAUCGCAACUCCCAGUACUCCUCCAUCCGUCUUCGGACGGUCAGCAUUCGGAAAUGUGUCGAGCACCACGACGCCUGCAGUCAACCCACCCUCAGCCUUUGGCGCUCCAUCAGCGUUCGGAGCGCAGACUCAGACUCAAUCAGCAUUUGGUGCACCAUCGUCCGUUCCUUCGUCGGGCUUCUCUGCCUUUGCUUCAAAUGCUCCUCCUGUACAGAGUGCGUUUGGAUCUCCGGCCCCACAGGCACCGUCGGCGUUUGGGGCGCCACCACAACCAUCACCAGCACAAUCCGCCUUCGCAUCUAUGCAAAUCCCGACACAAUCCGCGUUUAGUCAACCUGCGGCCGCACUUGCACCUCAGGGUGGAGGGUUCGCAUCAGGUAGUGCUGCUCCGCCUAAACCGAAAUCUACCAAGCCGGAGUUCUAUAACAUAAAGUCACCCUAUAAGCCUGGAUUGGACAAAUACGAUGCGCUGCUGCCGGAAAACUAUUUGGAGUUGAUACCACCCGCUGCUAGAAAGGCGUUCGAAGCACCGAAGUUUGAAUGGGGGAAUAUACCAGAGUGGAUACCACCGAAGGAGCUGAGAUAGGGUGGAUUUAGUCGUGUCACAUUUUGGACUUGUCUAUUGUUUUGUCAUUUUUUCAUCUUUGUAUUGCUAUUUAGGACUGUUCGCAUACUAUCCCGUCUCUGUAUUAUGUCGCAAUUGGUUUCUUGAGGAUGGAUAUCUCCUGUGCGAUGCACGAGUGCUUUACAUCCCCAAGAAGCCGGCCUGCUGAUAUGUCAUUUGUCUGGUUGCUUCCCUC